UCUGCUGCUCCCUUUGUCUCACCAUGGAGCUGCCAUCUUUACUGCUUUGUAUACUGUUGGAGUUCCUGGCUGUAAAUUGUCUAGACCCGGCAGAGGAGCGCAUAGUGGGAGGAUACGCACCAGUUCCACAUUCAAUCAAGUACAUUGUGUCGAUACAGACCACAGACCGUCAGCACAUCUGCGGGGGCUCCUUGAUAAACAAGUACUGGGUGGUCACCGCGGCGCACUGUAACAUCGGGGUGGACAAAAUGAUGGUAGUAGCAGGAGACUACUCUCUGAGCAUCUAUGAGGGCACAGAGCAGGAGAUCCUGCCCCAUCAUCUGGUGCCCUACCCUGAGUACAACCCCAUCACCAACAACAACGACAUUAUGCUUAUUAAGCUGAGGGCUCCGAUCUACCUGAACAGCUACGUCUCCAUCGCUCUGCUGCCCAGGCAGGAUGCCUCCAUGGCGGAGGGCCGAAUGUGUCGAGUGUCAGGUUGGGGAUACACCAGCUCCAGCGGAGGCCAGAUCCCAUCAACCCUCCGCACAGUCAAACUCCCCAUCGUCUCCACAGAGAAAUGCAACAGCACUGGGUCCUUUAACGGCACCAUCACAGAAAACAUGCUCUGUGCUGGUUACAGCACUGGUGGAAAAGAUGCCUGUAAGGGGGACUCUGGGGGUCCACUUGUGUGUGAAGGGCGGCUCUACGGCGUGGUGUCCUGGGGGAAAGGUUGUGCCGAGGCCCUGUUUCCUGGAGUCUACACUGCCGUGUCCAAGUACCGCAGGUGGAUAGACAACACCAUCUUCAGCUACUACGGCAGGUGUAACAACGAUUAGGACGCAAGAUAAAGACAAAUCACUCAGCAGAGACUGGAGGUUCUGGAUUUUGAAUCAUCCUGCUUUGAAUUGAUAUGUGUCGUAUGUUCUCUUCAUCGUUUGUGCACGUUUGAUUUUAUGUUCAUGCGUUGAAGGAAUUGUUCAAACAUUUUGGGAAACACAAUAAUUCACUUUUCGGGCUAAGAGAUAAAUGAGAAGGUUUGGCUCACUCGAUCAGCUAGCAGAGGUUUAGUGUAGCUUAGCAUAAAUUCAAAAAACAGCUAAUAAGAUCUGCAUGCUAGCAACUCUAGAAUAUGCUAAUUCAAUAACAACAUGCAAUUUGUUUUUUACUUUAAAACCCAAAGUGGCGACUUGACCAAAAAUGACAUCCAGAUUGGGAGUAUUUCGGCUUCACUUUUGUACAAUUUACUUAAAAACAUAGAUUUAUGACACAACAGGGUUACACUGGUGCUAAGCUAAGCUAACUCUCCAUCUUCAUGUUGGACGGGCAGAAAGUGGAAACAACUUUCUCGUCUUCUCUUCGGCCAGAGAGGUGAAAAUGCAAAUUUCCCGGUAUGUCAAAUGAUUCCUUUAGGUUCACAAGCUUGAAUUUUUAUCGUUUCCUGUUUGUUAAUCUGUUUAAAACGUUUCGAAAACAAAACAUGAUAUAAUCCACAUACCACAUUACCACAACAUCCAGACAGAGGUGCCAUAUUGCUGCUUCAAGUGCUCACAAUCAGAGCACUCACAAAGAACCAGGUCCAACUGGUGCUACCACUGCAAAUCAUAUGAGUCCAGUCCAGUCCAGUCCAGUACAGAAACUCAGUGCAGCUUAUAAGAAUUAUUAAUAUUAGACUGAAAUGAGGAGAAAAUAAACCAACAUCUAUUUUGAUAAACUGCAACAAAUUUAAAAAAAGACGGUUUUGGAUUCUACAACAUUAAGAUUUGAUGAUUUUUAUUUUCCUUUGUUAUUUAAAACUUACCACAAAGGU